AUGUCGUCAGCAAAACCAAAGGCAGUGAAGCACACCCUAUUUGUGAAGUUCAAAGAUGAUGUCACCAAAGAGCAAAUUAUGAAAAUCGUAAAUGACUUCACUCAUCUGGUCAUUACAGUUAAAGCCUUGAAGAGUUUACACUGGGGCACUAAUCUGGGUAUUCACAACCUCAAUUACGGUUACACUCAUGCUUUUGAAACUACAUUUGAUGAUUUGGAGGGCUUGCAAGAGUAUCUUGAUUCUCCACUUGUUAAUGAAUUCGCAGAAGGAUUUUUGCCUACUAUGGAGCAACAAUUUGUGAUGGACUAUGAACUAUACUAA